UUUUACAUUUCUUCUUCUUCUUCGUCUCUCUAUCUCUGAGUCUUCUUCGUUGCAGUGGCAAGUAACGUAACUCUAACUCAAGCAAAUCAUGGAGUCGAGUCCAGCGUCGAUGUGGAGCUCAAUAGUGAAGAAAGAUCCUCCGGCAAAUCCUCAGACCACCGACGUAGCUCCGGCCGCGAUUCUCGGCAUGGUCGGAAACUGCAAAUCAACAAAAGGGAUAUCAGUGGCGGUUGUUGACGCGAACGCCGUCAUCGACGGACGCCAGAGCUUAACCGACUUCGCCGACAAAUUCGUAACGGUCCCUGAAGUGCUCUCGGAGAUUCGUGACUCUGAUUCUCGCCGUCGUCUCGAGUUCAUCCCUUUCGCGAUCGAAACCAUGGAACCAUCUCCCGAAUCUCUCAGUAAAGUUAUUAAAUUUGCUAAAGCUACUGGUGAUUUGCAUACACUCUCUGAUGUUGAUCUCAAGUUGAUUGCUUUGACUUACACGCUUGAGGCUGAGGUUCAUGGGACCAAGAAUCUUAGAGAUGUUCCUCCGCCGAUUCAAACUGUUAGGGUGAAGAGAUUACCUGAGAAGGAGUUACCUGGCUGGGGAUCCAAUGUGGCUAACUUGGAGGAGUGGGAGGCACUUGAGAAUGAGACUGAGGAGAACUCAAACACUGCUUCCAAGAUUCUUCCGCUUAAAGACCUUAACAUGAACAUCCUUCCUUCCGACAGCUGUUCCGAGGUUGGUUCUGUUGUGUCUCAUACUGGGGAUGAGGAGGAAGAAGGUGAGAGGAGGCAGAAGAAAACAGAUGUGAAGGUUGAGGGCAAGAUGGUAGUUGAAGGAAUAGAUGCAUCACAGGGUGAAAAUGAUGAUGAUGGUGGUGGUGGUGAGUGGAGGCCUGCGGUUAGUAGCAGUACUCAUAGAAAGUUUCUUAGGAGAAAGGCCAAGUGGGAACAUUACAAUGCCUUGGCUGAGAAAGAAAUUCAGAAAGAACAAGAAGCUGACAAAGCUGCUAACUUUACCAAUGAUCAGAUGUCUAAUAACGCUGAGGACAAGCGUGGAAAAGAUAGCGGAAAGAAUGAUGAGGAGCUUUCGUCCAUUCUAAAAGAUAUGAGGUUGGAGGAAGGGACUGAAGAGACGAAUUUGAGAAAUGGCGAGGAUGAUGAUGAAGUGGAAGCUGAGGGGAUCGAUGCUGUUAGUGAGGCUGGUGAUACCUUUGAGGCAUCAUCGAUGGCAGAUGAUGGUAGCAGCGAGCAGAGUUGGUCGUUGAGAGCCUUAUCUGAGUCCAGUGUAGCUUGUAUAACGGGUGACUAUGCAAUGCAAAAUGUUAUUAUUCAAAUGGGUUUGCGUUUGCUUGCACCCGGUGGUAUGCAAAUUCGCCAACUCAACAGGUGGGUGUUGAAAUGCCAUGCUUGCUACACAGUAACUCCUGAAAUUGGAAGAAUCUUCUGUCCCAAGUGCGGUAAUGGGGGCACUCUGCGAAAGGUAGCGGUUACAAUAGGCGAGAAUGGCACCAUCGUAGCUGCACGUAAACCUCGUGUUACACUUCGGGGGACCAAAUUUUCGAUACCAAUGCCUAAAAGCGGAAGAGACGCAAUCACCAAGAAUCUAGUUUUAAGGGAAGAUCAACUUCCUCAAAAGUAUCUCCAUCCCAAGACCAAGAAGAAAGCAAGCAAACCGGGAGAUGAGUAUUUUGUAUCGGACGAUGUGUUCAUGAACCAUCACAGUGAUAGAAAAGCACCAUUGCAGCCUCCUGUGAGGAAAGCUAUGGCCGUUUUCAGUCAGAAACGGAACCCUAAUGACAACCAUUACUCUCGUUCUAUGCACUGUUGAUCUCUUCUACUUUUAUUUGUGCCAAUGUUUUUUUUCUCUUCACAUUUUUCUUCUUUUUAAUAGUUUCAAAACUAGGUUUGAAAAUGUUUAAUUAAAGAUGCGAAUUUUGUCACAUCAUCACCUGCGAAUUUGAGGUCAGUUUAAUUUAUGGGCAAUUGUCAAUAAUAGCAUCUUUUAAGUUUA